AUGCUCGCUUUUAAAAUGCCUAAACAUACUGUAAUAAAGUACAAAGGGAAAGUAGCAAUACGUAAACCACAAUAUAAAAAGAUAAUAAGAAAAUACAUUCGUAUAAUAAAAAGUAAUCGUAAAAGGAAGAAAUUCCAAGUAGUUUAUAGUAAAAGCAAAGCUCCUAUUCAAGCAAAAUCAUAUAGGAAGAAAGAUAUUGCUCCAAUCUUCUAUUUCGGUAAACAUAAUGUAAUAAACCAUAAAAUUACACAAGUUAAUAAAAUUGAUACUCCAUGCUCGUUCUUCUUAUUAAUUUUUGUGGAAUAUAAGUAUAAAAUGCAUAGUAAUUCUCAAGGUGUUCAAUACAAUGAUAUACUUCGAAAAAAAACCCAACCAAGUUUUAAAGAAACAAUUAUUGUAAAUAUUUUGAUCUUUACACCAAAUAAAUACAUUUGGAAUAUAUUCAGAAUGAAUGAAAAUUUAAGUAUGAAUGAGAAUGGUAUUCCUCUUAAGAGGAAUACUGAUGAAAAUGCUCUUAAAAAAAAGAGCAUACGUGAAAAAAACCAAAGUGUAAAUAUAUUUAAUACUGUUUACGCAAGUAAAAAUGCGAAUUUCAGUGAAGAUAUAAGUAUAAAUAAUAACACCAAUAUAAGUAAACAUUUGAAUAUAAGUGUAAAUACAAAUAUAAACAAAAAUACUUAUAUAAAUACAAGUUUAAAUAUAAUUGCCUAUAUUAAUAUACAUACAAAUCCUUAUAUAAAUAUAAAUGGUAGUAUAUACAUAAAUGCUAAUAUAAGUAAAAAUACUUACAUAAGUUCAGGAAUUUAUUUAAUUUAUAACACAUAUUUAUUCCAAACCAGUCACUUUAAUAAACAAAAAUAUGCAAGUUUCAAUAAAAAUAAAAGCAUAUAUCCUUGUUUGAGAACCAAUUAUAUUAAUGAAAUGUUGUAUUAUAUUGAGAACGCAUAUUUUAUUGCCUGUUUUUAUACAAUUUGUAUUGUAUGCACAUAUGGUAAUACCCAUGUUGCUGAGAACGCAUAUAUUUCAUCCAUUUAUUUAAUUAAUAUUGCAUGUAGAAGGAACAAGGAAGUUAACGGAACCAAGAACUUAUUAAAUAAUUAUGUAUGCACGAAAUUUUAUGCACAUAUCAACAUUUGUAUAUAUAUCCUUUUGUUUGGAAUGCACAACUCAAUUAAAAAAAGGAAAAUUAAUGAAAACUCUACAAAACUUAAGUGUAACAAUUCAAAACAUACUUUAAAAAAAUGUAAAAAUUUUUGUGAUAUUUAUACAUAUAAUAUAAGUAUAUGUUUUGUGGAAAUACCAUGCAAAAAAAACGUGGGAAAUAUCAGUAUUUUUGAGGGAAUACGCAUUAAAAAUAAUAAAGGGCACCGUAUAGACAUUAAAAAAUUGAAGGAUACGACCAAAAUACCAAAGUUCCAUACAAAAAAAAUAAAUAAAAUUUAUAAAUUUUUGUUAAAAGUUGCAAAAAUAGCUAAUAAUUUAUUCAAAAAAAUUAAAAAUACCAUUAAAUUAUUGUAUGCGCAUAUGAAAAUAAUAUUAAAAAAACAAUUUCAAAAUAAUAAAAUAUAUAUAAAAUUUAAUUAUUUUAAUAUAAAUUUACUUAAAAUUAACAAAUUGUUUAAAUUUGAAGAUAAACUUAUAAUUAAAUAUAAAUACUUUUAUACUUAUUUAAAAAAACUUAUUUUUACAUUGGAGGUUAUAUUAAAUAACACCAAUUUACCCAAAAACCCACAAAAAACUAUAAAUACUUACAUUUUACAUAAAAAAAACAAAAAAAAUAUAAAAAAUAUAAAAAAUUUUACAUACAAAAAUAUUAUAUAUUAUUACAUUAAAAAUAUUUACAUAAAUUUUUUUAUUUGGUUUAAAAAUUUUGAAAUACUUUCAAAAACAAACCUAUCUAUAUAUGUGUUGAAUUCAGAAAAUUAUUCUGUCAAAAAUUCAAAUAUUUACGUGUUCAUUUCAUUUUAUAUUAUAUUACAUAUACAUUACAUUUAUUACACACUCGUUUAUUGCUUACUUACAUGUAUUGUCUGUUUAUUGCAUUCUACAACAUUAUGCCCUUUAUACUUUAAAUAUUGUGGCAUACUAAUUAAUAAUUUAAUUGUUUUAGUUACCAUAUUAUUUACAAGAUCAAAGGAAAAUUUAGUUUUAUUUUUAAAACAAAGCAUAAUACACUUAUUUUUUUUUUCUAUAAUAAGCAAUACCGCUUUUGUAGAACAUAUCAUUUAUGUCCAUUUCACAAUAUAUAUAUAUCAGUUUAGUUGCAUUAUAAUUUAUUUUUUGAAAUUCUAUUGUUAUGUUUAUGGUUCCACAUUUAUUUCAUAUAAUAUAUAUUACAUUUUUCAUAUAUAUACAGGUGUAAACAGUUGUUUAUGCUUCAUAUUUAUUUAUUUUAUUUAUUAUUUAAUUCUAUAUCCAAAUCUACUCAAGGAAAAAAAGUUAACGUGGUUAUUUCUGGAAAUAAUGAUUCCCAAGAUAAUUGAAGACGGUAUAACGCUCGCCAAAAGUGCGUGCGUCGUUCUUUCAAAAAUCCCGUUAAGCAUAUAUAGGUCCUUAAGAGAUAGAAAGGGUAGAAGAAAUGGUUCUACACGUGAUUCUUACGAUUCCAAAAAUCAUGUUAAUAGACAUGGAAAAAAUCGUAUCAGAAAGCGUGAUAGAUAUUUUGAGAGAAAGAAUUCAAACAAUUCUUUCAGGGAAAAAUUCGAUAAAAAUCGAAGAGAUCAACUUGAAACUGUCGCUCGAAAGACUACUGGUUCAAAAUCUCAUAUAGUAGAUGAUUAUUUGAAUUCGCGAAACGUAUUUAAAAACUGUUCACCAAAGCACAAAAAAAAAAAAUUCGAAAAAUGCCUUUGGUGUAAACAGUUUUUACAAUAUGUUGUAUUAGAGAAUGACAACAAUGAAAUUAGCGAAAAGAAAAAUUUAGUUGUGUGUCAUUGCUCUCGAGAUAAGGAGGAAAAAUCGCAACUUGACAAUUUAGUCAAUGCGAAAUUAAAGGAAAAACGUAGCAAGAUUAAACGUUUUACACCUUGUACUAAGUCGAUCAUACCUGUGAUUCCAGCUGGUUUACAUAGAAUUGCUAAUAUCAAACAUUUGGAGACCAAAGAAGUUGAUAAGAAGAUUAAGAAUGAUGAUAUUAGUAAAAUUCAAAAAACUGGACACAGUAAUUUUUACAAGAGGGUUCAAAAGGAUUUGCAUUCUUGUAUUUCGUCACGUACUGCGCAGAUUGUAUCUUCACAUGAUAAAAGCUUAGGGGAAAUUUGUAUCGUAUCUAAUGGCAACAUUAUUUAUGCUUCAGAGAAUAGCAAUAGUGAAAAACAUGACAACGUAGAAGCUACAAAAUGCACAAACACCAAUUCUAUUGAUGCUGAGAAAAAGCAAAUAAAGUACACAAUUUUUUCUGAUUUAGAUGUUUCGGAAAUAAUCGAGUUGUUGAAUAGGAAAUCAUCGAAUAACACAAUUAUUAAGAAAGAGAAAUCACAGACCAAUAGCGACAUCCAUGAAAUAGAACAAAGUGAUCUUUCAAAAGAGUUGUGCGAUAGACGACCUAAUACGAAACAUUGCAUAGAGAGUGAGGAAAACUAUGAGAAAUUAGAAAGAAAGAGAAAGUUGAAGAAAGCAGUAUCUACAUUGGCUAUGCUUUCUGUAGAAGAUGGUGUUUGUAAAGAAUCGAACCGCUCAUACCAAAGUAGUGGUAGUUCGUCACGUCGUUAUAAGAGGGGAAAAAAAUUAUCAAAAAAAUCAUCGUCGUCAAGUCAUAAUCGUAGUAGUAAUAAUUCUGAAAAACGAUCAGGAUCAGAAAAAAAGAAAAGCCCUAAAAACCACAAUGGGCAAAAUAAACCCCGAUUUGCUAAAAAGCGUCAAUUUGUUAAAAAGCCACCUGUCUCUAAAAAUUCUCGAAUCGCCAAGAAAAUUGGAAUGUCCGAAUCCAAUCAAAGUUCUGAAGCUGAUAAUAAAAAUGAAGUUUUGAAAAAGCCUAAGACUGUGAAAAAUUAUAUUCGUAAUAGUUCUGAAGCCUCAAUAACUUCAUAUGAAAAUGAUGCUAAUGAAAAAGGCGUAAAUAAAAAUGUAGUAUUGGUACGUGAACAGUUUAAGCUAUCUAACAAAACAACACUAGGAAGUAGUACGAUAUCAGGAAAAAGUAUACCUUUAGGAUUAUUUCAAAAAGGUAUUUUUGAAUCUGAAAUCGUAGAGAAGGAAGUUGUAGUUGCCAAGGAAAUUGUUAGCAGUGAAGUUGUUAAAGAUAGCGAAGUUGUUAAUAAUAUUGAAGUUGCUAAUAGCAAUGGAUUUAAUAAUAGCAAUGAAGUUAUUGAUAAUAAUAACAUUGUUAGUGGAAAUGAGUAUGCUGAAGAGGCUGAUAACAAGGGCGAAGUUGUUAGUAUUAUUGAAAUUAUUAAUAGUAAUGAAUUUAAUACUAACAAUAUCGUCGUUAGUGGAAGUGACGAUGUUGGAGAGGCUGAUAACAAGGACGAAGUUGUUAGUAUUGUUGAAAUUGCCAAUAGCAAUGGAUUUAAUACUGACAAUAACGUCGUUAGUGGAAAUGAGUAUGCUGAAGAGGCUGAUAACAAGGGCGAAGUUGUUAGUAUUAUUGAAAUUAUUAAUAGUAAUGAAUUUAAUACUAACAAUAUCGUCGUUAGUGGAAAUGAGGAUGGUGAAGAAGUUGCUAAUAGUAAUGAAUUUAACAAUGACAAUGAAAUUAUCAAUAAUAAUGAUGUUGCUAAAGAAAGUGAAUAUGCUGAAGAGGCUGAUAAUGACGAAGUUGUUAACAAUAAUGAAGUUGCUAUUUAUAAUGAAGUUGUUGGCGAAAUGGAAGUUGGUAGCGUUAGAGUUGUUAGUAGCAAUGAAUUUAAAAGUAACAAUGACGUUGUUAGUGGAAGUGAAGUUGCUAGAUAUAACGAAGUUGCUGCAGAAAAUGAAUUUAUUAAAGAUAAUGAAGUUGCUAUUUAUAAUGAAGUUGUUGGCGAAAUGGAAGUUGGGAGCGUUAGAGUUGUUAGUAGCAAUGAAUUUAUCGAUAAUAAUGAAGUUAGUAGUAAUGACCUUAUUGAUAACAAUGUAGCUUAUGGUGUAACUGGUAUGAUGGAAAAUGUUGGUAGCGAGAACAAAGUUGUUAGAGAUAAUGAAUUUGUUAAUAUUAUUGAAGUUACUAAUAGCAAUGAGGUUGUUAGUGAAAGUUUGUUUGUUAGAGGUAGUGAAGCUGUUAGGGAUAAUGAAUUUAUUUAUAAUAAUGUAGUUGUUAAUGAUAAUGAAUCCAAUUACAAUAAUGAAAUUGUUAAAGAUAAUGAAGUUGUUAAUAACAACGGAUUUUUUUAUAAUGAUGUAGGUGUUACUGAUAAUGGAUUCAUUUAUAACAAUGAAACUAUUAUAGAUAACGGAUUUAGUUAUAAUAAUGUAGUUGUUAAUGAUAAUGAAUCUAAUUACAAUAAUGAAAUUGUUAAAGAUAAUGAAGUUGUCAAUGACAAUGGAUUUUUUUAUAAUGAUGUAGGUGUUACUGAUAAUAGAUUCAUUUAUAACAAUGAAACUAUUAUAGACAAUGGGCUUAUUUAUAAUAAUGUAGUUGUUAAUGAUAAUGAAUUAAAUUACAAUAAUGAAAUUGUUAAAGAUAAUGAAGUUGUCAAUGACAAUGGAUUUUUUUAUAAUGAUGUAGGUGUUACUGAUAAUAGAUUCAUUUAUAACAAUGAAACUAUUAUAGAUAACGGACUUAUUUAUAAUAAUGAAUUUAUUUAUAAUAAUGUAGCUGUUAAUGAUAAUGAAUUCAAUUACAAUAAUGAAAUUGUUAAAGAUAAUGAAGUUGUCAAUGACAAUGGAUUUUUUUAUAAUGAUGUAGGUGUUACUGAUAAUGGAUUCAUUUAUAACAAUGAAGUUAUUAGAGAUAAUGAAGUUGCUAUAGAUAAUGGAUUCAUUUAUAAUAAUGAGGUUGCUAAAUAUAAUGAUGUUGCUAAUAAUAGUGAAUUUAUUUGUAAUAAUGAAGUUGUUAAUAAUGAUGAAGGUAUUACUGAUAAUGGAUUUAUUUAUAAUAAUGAAAUUAUUAAUAAUAAUGAAUUUGUUAAUGAUGAUGGAUUUGUUCAUGAGGAUGAAAUUUCGAAUGAUAACAGAUUUAUUUAUGAUAAUGAAGUUGUUAAUGACAAUGAAUUUGUUGAUGAUAAUAAAGUUAUUAUGAGUAGUGGACUUAUGUAUAAUAAUGAAGCUGUUAACAGUAACGGAUUUAUUAGCAUUAGUCAAUCUUCUUAUAAUAAUGUAAUGGAUAAUUGCCGUAAACUUUUUAGUACCAAUAAGGGAUAUGAUAAUUAUGAGUUUCUUAAUAAUAGUUUAAUUUGUAAUGGAAUGAAACGUGGUCGAGAAAGUGUUUAUUCUAGUGAUGAUGAAGGUGCACAUAAAAUGAGAUAUAUCGAUGAGGAUGAAUCUAGUGAAGAUUAUAGUGAAAAUGAAGAGUAUAGUGAAAUUGAAGAAUAUAGUGGAAAUGAUGAGUAUAGUGAAAGUAUACGUUCCUAUACUCCUAGGCAUAACGAGCUGUUUACUCCAUCUCAAUCUCCUAAAUUUGAUGAUGAGAGGUAUAUGAAAAAUGAUGGUUAUGUUGGAAAGAGACGCAUGGAUGAAUAUUUUUCACAAAAUAAUUAUACUGCAGGGGAAAUAUAUAAUGAAGGUUUUAAAUUAAAAAAAGUCGAUAACACUAGAAAAACACAUGAAGAAGAGUCAGAGGUGGAAACUGACGUGGAAACUAAUAUAGAGACAGGGGACAUACUUGACGAGAAUCACCCUCUUAUUAAAAAAAAUUUACAUAUACACAAUUUAACAGGAGAAGAGCACCGACUUUUACUUGAAUAUUACGGCGGGACACUACCAGAUCGAUAUUACGACUCAAAAAAUUUUGUAAACCCAUACAAAACAAAUGAUGAUUCGUCAGAGGAAGAACCAGAUUUCUCUAAUUUAUUUUUAGGAUCUUUUGAGAUCCCUCAGGAGCCAGAAGUUAAAGUGAAUCCAUUUUUAGGAUCAAAAAAUAAUAACUCUGGAAGUUCCUUUUUUUCAUCAAGUUUUUUUAAUUCAGAUAAAGCUACUGAUAAUGAAAUAUUAAAAGAUGACAAUAAUGAAAAAAAUAUUGUAGAUACAACUGUAGAAGAUACAGAAUCCAAUUUUAAUAUAAAGAAAGAUGAUAAUGACGCAGAGGAAAAAAUUGAGACAUUAAAAUCUUUAAAUGGUAAUGAUGAUUCAAUUAAUGAAUUAUCUAUUAAUAACAUAAUAGAUAAUGAUACAGAACAUAAGGUUCAAGUUCAAGAAAACGAACAAAUUGAAGAAUCAAAAUCAUUUAAUGAUAAUGAUGAUUCAAUUAAUGGCAUAUCUACUAUGUUAUUAAUAGAUAAUAAUACAGAACAUAAGGUUCAAGUUCAAGAAAACGAACAAAUUGAAGAGUCAAAAUCAUUUAAUGAUAAUAAUGACUCAAUUGAUAACAUAAUAGAAAAUGAAACAGAACAUAAGGUUCAAGUUCAAGAAAACGAACAAAUUGAAGAAUCAAAAUCUUUAAGUGGUGAUAAUGACUCAAUUAAUGGAUUAUCUAUUAAUAACGUAAUAGAUAAUGAUACAGAACAUAAGGUUCAAGUUCAAGAAAACGAACAAAUUGAAGAAUCAAAAUCAUUUAAUGAUAAUGAUGAUUCAAUUAAUGACAUAUCUACUAUGUUAUUAAUAGAUAAUAAUACAGAACAUAAGGUUCAAGUUCAAGAAAACGAACAAAUUGAGUUAUUAAAAUCCUUAAAUGGUAAUGGUGAUUCAAUUAAUAAUGUAAUAGAAAAUGAGGAAGAAGAAAUAGAUCAAGAAGAAAAAAAGCCGUCACGUAAAAGACAUAUUAUAUUUGAUGACAUACUACAAGGCGAUAUUAAGAAAUAUAAGUCAUCAAAUAAUAAUAUAAACAACAAUAAUGAUAUAAACAAUAAUAAUGAUAUAAAAAUUAAUAGUACAGUAGAAGAAAAACAUGAGUACGUUACUCAAUCUGAAGAUGAAGAAAAAAAACUUUAUAUACUUCAAAACAAAAAAUGUAUUAAUUUGUUCGAUUUAAUUACUAAAAAAAGCAAUGACCUUAAGCUAUAUAAUGAAAAGCAUGAGUACGUGCAUGUAUCGGAAGGAGAAAAUGAGGAAAUAGUUAAAGAAGAAAUUCAAUUAAAACCAUUACAAUUAAUUAAAAUGGAUGAGAAUGUUAUGAAUUUUAAUAAUAUAGCUAAUAAUGAUGAUACUAAAGAAGAACACACGGAUGAUAUGAAUGAAGUAUUCCCCAAUACUCAAAUAUAUGAAUCCAAUAACGAAAUGUAUCAAGAUUGGGAAAUGUAUAGCGGCAAUCAAAUAUUUUCAGAUAGUGAAGUAUGUACUCCUAAACAAGAGUAUUCUUUUAAUAACGAUACAUAUCAACUAAAUGGGACAUUCUCAGAUAGUGAAGUAUGUACUCCUAAACAAGAGUAUUCUUUUAAUAACGAUAUAUAUCAACUAAAUGGGACAUUCUCAGAUAGUGAAGUAUGUACUCCUAAACAAGAGUAUUCUUUUAAUAACGAUAUAUAUCAACUAAAUGGGACAUUCUCAGAUAGUGAAGUAUGUACUCCUAAACAAGAGUAUUCUCAUAAUAACGAGACAUAUCAACUAAAUGGAAUAUUCCAAGAUAGUGAAAUAUGUACGCCUAAAUAUGAAAUAGAACAAAACGAGGAAAUAUAUUCAUUAACUGGAAUAUAUUCGGAUAAUGAGAUAUAUACUACUGAGCAAAUAGGCUCGAUCGGAGAACAAAUAUAUCCAUUAACUGGGUCAUCCCCAGAUAAUGAGGUAUACACUACAGAGAAAAUUGGCUCACCCGAUGAUAAAAUAUAUCCAUUAAAUGAAAUAUUUCCAGAUAAUGAAAUAUUUCCAGAUAAUGAAAUGUUGCCAUAUAAUGAAAUGUUGCCAGAGAAUGAAAUGUUGCCAUAUAAUGAAAUGUUGCCAUAUAAUGAAAUGUUGCCAGAGAAUGAAAAGUUGUCAGACACCGAAAUAUACACUAUAGAGCCAAUAGACCGCAAAAACGAGGAAAUAUAUUCGCUAAAUGGGAUAUUUUCAGAUAAUGAGAUAUACACUACAGAGAUAAUUGGCUCGAUCGGAGAACAAAUAUAUCCAUUAACUGGGUCAUCCCCAGAUAAUGAGGUAUACACUACAGAGAUAAUUGGCUCACCCGAUGAUGAAAUAUAUCCAUUAAAUGAUAUAUUCCCAGAUAGUGAUAUAUCUACUCCAGACGACAGCGAUUCAGAAUCAGAUGAUGAGGAUGCAUCUCCAUGCAGAAAACAACCCCAUAUACCUAGAGAUGACUCAUCAGACAAUGGUGGAAGCAGCGCCGGUCAAAUACCAAUAAAAUCAAAAACCCAAAUAAUAUCAGCAAAAAAAUUCUGUAUAUUACCCCCAGAUUGUAUGCUAUCUGAAAAUAUCACAACAUUGCCAAAAAAAAUAUUCAGAAACAAAACUACAUUAGAUAAAGGGCGCUGUAUAGAGAGCUAUGACCAUAAGGGUCUAAUAAUUGCAAAUAAAGAAUUAAUAUAUAAAACUAUUAAAGCGGAUAUAAUACAUAAAAAUGCAACGGAGAUAAGAGCUAAAGCACCAAAUGCCAAUAUGACUCAAAUGACGAUUUUUCACAAAAUCAUGAAAAAUCCAGAUAAAACGUGCACAAAAAAUACAUUAAUUAAAAAUUAUAAUGUAUUUUAUACCUUGACGAAGUCAUUUGAAAUAUCUUUCGAAUGGGAGACUUUAAGAAUAGCUUGGUUUUUUAAAAAGUUCACUGAUACUAAGCAAUCUUGGGUUUAUAAGGAAAGUAUUGUUGUUCAGGCGGGGGACAAGGGAAAAGUAUUGAGGACAAUGAUUAUCCAGAAUAGUGAUGACGUACGUAACGCAUCCGUAAACAGUAAAGGGAUCCAUGUAGAGAAUUGCGAUUCCAAAGAUGACGUUGCUCGCACAUCUAUUUUCAAGCAAUAUUGCUAUAUUUAUGAAGAACUAUUACAUUCUGAAGAAGGGACUCCGGUGAAAGAGUACGGUUUGAACGACAUUUGCAAUUAUAUCAGAUCUAAAACUACUUCUCAACUAAAACUAACUUCUUAUUCAUUUAAAUCGUGUAUUACAUCUACAUUCGUUUAUAACUCGUUAAUAACUAAGCUAGCUAAAACUUCUAAUAUGUGUUCAUUCGUUUAUAAUUCAUCACCAAGUGUAUUCAAUAAAAUGUGUAUUACAUCUACAUCUAUUUAUAAUUCAUCACCAUGUGUAUUCAAUAAAAUGUUUAUUAUAUUUGCAUCUGUUUAUAAUUCAUCACCAUGUGUAUUCAAUAAAAUAUUUAUUACAUCUACAUCUAUUUAUAAUUCAUCACCCUGUGUAUUCAAUAAAAUGUUUAUUAUAUUUGCAUCUGUUUAUAAUUCACCACCAUGUGUAUUCAAUAAAAUGUUUAUUACAUCUACAUCUGUUUAUAAUAUAUCACCAAGUUUAUUCAAUAAAAUGUUUAUUAUAUUUGCAUCUGUUUAUAAUGUGCCACUACAUAAGCUAGCGAUAUCUUCUAAUAAUUAUGUUCCUGUUUAUAAUGCAUCACUAUCUAAUACUUCUAUGGAUCUAUAUAGUUGCAAAGGUCCUAAAGCAUGCUCUGAGCAGGAUAUCCUAACUGAUGGUGUAAUAGUUUCUGAAAAAUAUAGCAACGUUGCUGGGACAAUAGAUAGGCAACAACCUCUCUCUUUGGAUCAAGAUUCUCUCAUGGACCACCCUUCUGUUACGGAUAGCAAAUACAUUAUCGAGCUGGGAACAAUGGGCAUUCAUUUAAUCAAUACCGACCCACGUUUCGCAAAUGACCAAUAUAUACCUACUUAUGAAUACAAGCCUGUGAAAAUAUUAGUUCCAACUCGGCAAAAACCCAUGUUAUAUAAUCUUAUAUAUUCCAUCUUGAUCGAUAAAUUAGAUAAUGCAUGCGAUUCUAAAUAUCCCUUUAUAGUUAAAUUAAAAAAUUCUUAUAACCAAGCAAAAAUAGAAAUACUAAUGUCUAUACAUAAAUCAGAGCAGUAUGAAAAGGAAAAUGUAGGAAUAACAGAGCAAUCAGAGCAGGGAGAGAAAUUAAAGCAGAGAGAGCAAUCAGAGCAAAUAGGGCAAUCAGAGCAGGGAGAGAAAUUAAAGCAGAGAGAGCAAUCAGAGCGGGGAGGGCAAUUAAAGCAGAGAGAGCAGUCAGAGCGGGGAGGGCAAUUAAAGCAGAGAGAGCAGUCAGAGCGGGGAGGGCAAUCAGAGCAAACAGGGCAAUCAGAGCAGGGAGAGAAAUUAAAGCAGAGAGGGCAAUCAGAGCAGGGAGAGAAAUUAAAGCAGAGAGAGCAAUCAGAGCAGGGAGGGCAAUCAGAGCAAACAGGGCAAUCAGAGCAGGGAGAGAAAUUAAAGCAGAGAGAGCAGUCAGAGCGGGGAGGGCAAUCAGAGCAAACAGGGCAAUCAGAGCAGGGAGAGAAAUUAAAGCAGAGAGAGCAAUCAGAGCAGGGAGGGCAAUCAGAGCAAACAGGGCAAUCAGAGCAGGGAGAGAAAUUAAAGCAGAGAGGGCAAUCAGAGCAGGGAGAGAAAUUAAAGCAGAGAGAGCAAUCAGAGCGGGGAUGGCAAUCAGAGCAAUCAGAGCAAUCAGAGCAAUCAGGGCAAUCAGAAAAAUCAGAACAACAUAAAAAGGAGAAAGGGGUAAUAACAGAAAAAUCAGAACAACAUAAAAAGGAGAAAGGGGUAAUAACAGAAAAAUCAGAACAACAUAAAAAGGAGAAAGGGGUAAUAACAGAAAAAUCAGAGCAAUCAGAGCAGGGAGAGAAAUUAAAGCAGAGAGGGCAAUCAGAGCAGGGAGAUAAAUUAAAGCAGAGAGAGCAAUCAGAGCGGGGAGGGCAAUCAGAGCAAAUAGGGCAAUCAGAGCAGGGAGAUAAAUUAAAGCAGAGAGAGCAAUCAGAGCAGGGAGGGCAAUCAGAGCAAAUAGGGCAAUCAGAGCAGGGAGAUAAAUUAAAGCAGAGAGAGCAAUCAGAGCGGGGAGGGCAAUCAGAGCAGGGAGAUAAAUUAAAGCAGAGAGAGCAAUCAGAGCAAAUAGGGCAAUCAGAGCAGGGAGAGAAAUUAAAGCAGAGAGAGCAAUCAGAGCAGGGAGAGAAAUUAAAGCAGAGAGAGCAAUCAGAGCAGGGAGGGCAAUCAGAGCAAAUAGGGCAAUCAGAGCAGGGAGAGAAAUUAAAGCAGAGAGAGCAAUCAGAGCGGGGAGGGCAAUCAGAGCAGGGAGGGCAAUCAGAACAAUCAGAAAAAUCAGAACGGUGUGAAAAGGAAAAUAUGGGAACAACAGAAAAUAAAGGCAACAUAACAGGGGUGGAUAAAGGCAACAUAACAGGGAUGGAUAAAGGCAACAUAACAGGGAUGGAUAAAGGCAACAUAACAGGGAUGGAUAAAGGCAACAUAACAGGGAUGGAUAAAGGCAACAUAACAGGGAUGGAUAAAGGCAACAUAACAGGGAUGGAUAAAGGCAACAUAACAGGGAUGGAUAAAGGCAACAUAACAGGGGAGGAUAAAGGCAAUAGAACAGGGGUGGAUAAUGCAGUUACUUCAGAAGCUGGCAUACUUUUAAAUGAUACAAAAGACCCCAAAGGUCCAAAUAGUAUCAUACUCCAUGAUGAGAAACAAGAUGCAAAUCUUGACACACUUAUAUCAAUGAUAAAUUAUUAUUGUUGGUAUGUGAAUAUUUCUGAGAGUUUUAUUAAAAGUAUGUUUUCAGCUUAUAGCGCUAUAGAUUACAAAAGUAUGGGGUAUAACAUAUGUAUUAGAAAUAUGAUUGUUUUAUUUAUUUCAUUUAUCAAAAUGAAUAGAUAUAACAUAUUAUAUUUUCUUAACGUAUUAGGAGGAUCAGUCUAUUAUUUCCAAGCAAUGUUUCAGAGAGCAAUAGAAAUCGAAAUGUCAACGAACAACAAAGCUAUUAACAACAAUAAAGCGUUUCCCUUUAUAAUCAAAUCAGAAAAUUCAGAACAAUCAGAGCAAUCAGAGCAGGGAGAGAAAUUAAAGCAGAGAGAGCAAUCAGAGCGGGGAGGGCAAUUAAAGCAGAGAGAGCAAUCAGAGCGGGGAGGGCAAUUAAAGCAGAGAGAGCAAUCAGAGCGGGGAGGGCAAUCAGAGCAGGGAGAGAAAUUAAAGCAGAGAGAGCAAUCAGAGCGGGGAGAGCAAUCAGAGCAGGGAGGGCAAUCAGAGCAAACAGGGCAAUCAGAGCAGGGAGAGCAAUUAGAGCAGAGAGAGCAAUUAGAGCAGAGAGAGCAAUCAGAGCAGGGAGGGCAAUCAGAGCAAACAGGGCAAUCAGAGCAGGGAGAGCAAUUAAAGCAAACAGGGCAAUCAGAGCAAACAGGGCAAUCAGAGCGGGGAGAGCAAUCAGAGCAGGGAGGGCAAUCAGAGCAAACAGGGCAAUUAAAGCAGAGAGAGCAAUCAGAGCGGGGAGGGCAAUCAGAGCAAUCAGAAAAAUCAGAAAAAUCAGAACAUUAUGAAAAGGGAAACGGGGGAACAACAGAAAAAAAAGCAAUAGCAGUUAAUUCGGGCAAAAAUACAGGCAACAGAACAGGGAACAGAACAGGUAAUAGAACAGGGGAGGAUAAUGCAGUUACUUCAGAAGCUGGCAUACUUUUAAAUGAUACAAAAGACCCAAAAGGUCCAAAUAGUAUCAUACUCCAUGAUGAGAAACAAGAUGCAAAUCUUGACACACUUAUAUCAAUGAUAAAUUAUUAUUGCUGGUAUGUGAAUAUUUCUGAGAGUUUUAUUAAAAGUAUGUUUUCAGCUUAUAGCGCUAUAGAUUACAAAAGUAUGGGGUACAACAUAAGUAUUAGAAAUAUGAUUGUUUUAUUUAUUUCAUUUAUCAAAAUGAAUAGAUAUAACAUAUUAUAUUUUCUAAACGUAUUAGGAGGAUCAGUCUAUUACUUCCAAGCAAUAUUUCAGAGAGCAAUAGAAAUCGAAAUGUCAACGAACAACAAAGCUAUUAACAACAAUAAAGGGUACCCCGGGCAAAAAAAAACAGACAACAAUACAUUAUACUCUAAUUUGGUUGAAGGCAAGAAUGAUCUUAAGGUGACAACAUGCAAAGAACCAAUAUUGUAUAAUUUUAGUGAUGGUACCCCAGUAAAAGGAACUAAUAAUAGCACAAAAAUAAAUGAAUAUGACAUGACAAAAGGCAGGCAAAAAAUUGGAAGUAUUAGCCCUCCUAAUAGUGUUGAAGAAAGCGACGAUGGUAAUAUAGAUAAUGUCAAAGAUGUAAGAUAUUAUCAAAAAUUGGAGGAAUUAAAUGAUUUGAAAGACGAUAUUACAGAAAGGGAAGCCGACAUUAAAGAAAAAAGUGAAGAAAAUGAUGAUGAGGGGGAAGAAGGAGAUGGCGUAAUGGAAAGACAUAGUAGCAUACUAAUUCACAGAGGGAUAAGGAGCAAAAAAUUAGUAGACUAUUCUUUAUACAAUACUUAUGCCAAAUCAUCAUUUUUACAAUGCGCAGAGCAAGCCGAUAAUCAUUUUAUUGGUAAUUAUUUAGGUAGAUAUAAUGAUGCAAAUUUUCUUCACUUAAGACAAAAGGUAAAGUUAUGUUUAUGCCGAACAUUUGCCCACAUAAGAAACACAUGCGAAACAUGUGUAUUACAUUUCACACACUUGAUAUUUGAUUUAUAUAUAAGUCGAUUUAAUACUAAGAAAGAGUUAAUACAGAGUAUAAUUAAUGAUAUACAUUUGAACGAGAAACAAUACUCUGAUGUUAUGAUACAAUUACUAAAGCAGCAUUACCCAACAAUGUACCAAGAAUAUUUAGAUAAAGAAGAGCUAAAACAACAAUACAUUCCUUUAUAUAGAGCAUUAUUUGAGUCAACAGAUUUAAUAUACCAUUUUAUAGGUAUUAUAUGUUUAUUCAUAUCACAAAAAUACUUUAACUACAAAACAACAUCAAUUAUCAUAAUAGCGAAAUCAUAUUGCACAAGCCAUCUGGAAGGACUGAAAAGAGUCUACUCAAUAAACGACGAAAUAAUUAAAGAUGUAUCUCCAGAUUAUUAUUCAGCAGCUAAGUACAUGGGAGCAGUAUUUACACAUGGAAGUAUAAGUAAAAGAUUUGCGUUAGAUCUUGAAAUUGCUCUUUUAAAAAAAUUAAACUAUGAUUUAUCAAUACCCACGGCAUACAGUUUACUAGACAGUUUAUUAAAAUCGAAUAAGAAUAUAAACUUUUCAAAAUUGGAAAAAAAUUAUAAUUUAGUAGAAGGAGAAAUACUAUUAAGAAUGGCAGGAAUUGACAAUUCCUUUUUAAAAUACAAAUCCUCAACAUUAUCUAUGGCUAUAUAUGAAAUUUUGAACUUUAAUAUAUGUAAAGACAUAAUGCAAAGAGAACUAUCCGACUUUACCAAAGCAAAAGCAUACAAUGAACUAAAAGAAAAAAAUGAAAGAAUGAAAAAGCAACUAUUUUUGGAAAAUGAAAUAAGAGAGGAACUUAAAAGAAAGGAACUAAGUAUCAUGAAAAGAAGAGAGCGAGGAUUAAUUAUUGCCGAGGAAGAAGAUCGAUUUAUUGUUGCAUCGCAAUAUACAAAUGAAAAGGACAACUUACAGAUAUAUUUGAAAAAUGCUAUAGUAAAAAUUUGCGAUGUAGUAGACCAAAAAAUACCUACAAAUUAUUACAAAUCACAUUAUCAUAUUACGGAACAAAUAGAUAGGUAUAUUAAAGAUUUUAAUAAGAGCAAAAAAAUGUAUUUAAAAAAACUAAGUAAUAGAGGUAAAGGAGAAUCAAAGAAAAAAUCUGUUAAUAAAAUUGAUGAAAUCACAUUUGGAAAUAUGUUUAAUGAUGACGAGCCAGGGUAUUGUAACAAUGAACGAAAGGAGCCUGAUAAUAUUGAAGUAGGAGAUAAAUCAGAGUACUGUGAUGAAAAUAGGGAAUUGGAAAGUGAUAAGGAAAAAGAAAGAGAAAUAGAACAACAAAAAAAAAAAAAUGAAAAGAAGGCAAAAAUGUUCUAUAGGGCAAAAAAGAAAAUAUUAAGGAUUAUAAAGAAAGUAACAAAGAAAUUAAAAAACAUCCAGUAUUCUGAUAUCCCUAUUAAAUAUUGCACCUCGUAUGUAUUACAUGGAAAAGAUUUAAAAGUAUAUGUAAAGAAACAUAAAGGACAUUAUUAUGAUAAGGAAAAUAUAAUGAGAUCGGAAAAUGAAAAUAUGAAAAAUAAAGAACAAGAAAAAACGGAAAAUAAUACAUACGGAGGUUUAUCAGAAGGAAGUUCCUUAAAAACAAAAAAGAAAAACGAGGGUUACAUAAUAGGAUCAAAGACUGAAUCGACAGAUGAAAAUUUGGUAUUUUAUUACAAUUAUAUAAGUAGAUUAAGAAAUAGGCUCAUCGUAGGAUUAAAAUAUUUCAAAAAUAGAAUUAAUAACAUCAAGACAACAGAUGUGUCAAUGAAAUUACUUAGUUUAGAUUAUAUUCUUAGCAAAAAAGAGAGUAAGAAAAGGAGAAAUGGAAAGAGUAAUAUACGUAUCACCAAACAUAUUUCUUUAUAUAAACAGCUGCUAAAUGAAAUUAAAAUUUUGUUUCUAUGGUUUUACAAGUUAACAAAUAUCGAGAUUAGGCCGUUAAUCAAAUUUUCGGACUUAAAAUUUAUAUCUAUAGUUAAAUUGUACGACAAAGAAUAUUCAAAAUAUAUUAAAAACGUACUUAAUGCUAAUUGUGCAAAUGAUAAUGAAAGUAAAGAAAUAGCUACUGAAAGUAAUGUCCAAACUAUUCAGGAUUAUAAAGGAGAGGAUAAUGAAGGUCAAAGUAAAGAUAUAACGCAAAAAAAUAACAUAAAGGAGAAAGAAUAUAAAGAAAAUUUGGAUGACCAAAAAAGUAUGAGUUAUGGUGAUAGCACUGGAUAUUUCAAAGCACAUGAUCAAUCCAUUAGUUCAAGCGUAAAAAUUAAAACAUUACAAGAUGUAUAUAUUGAGGAAGUGUCCAAAGCCAUUGAAACACAAACAAAGAAUUAUGACUUAUUCUUAACUAAUGAUCGGAGAAUGAAAAAGGAUAUGAAAAAUAAAAAAAGGAAAAAUAAAUCAUUAGAUAUGGAGGAAGCUGCGAAAAAAAAAGAAAGAAAAUUGGAAAAAGAAAAAAAAAUGGCUAAAGAUAUGGCAAAAAAGCACUUGGAACAAAUUAAUAGUAAUCUUGAAGAACAUAUAUUAUUAGAAAAACAAAAAUAUCUUGACUAUGCAAAAACACUAAAUUUCACAGAUGGUACUAGGAUUAGAAAUAUAUUUACUGAUGAAAUAAUUGCAUCAGAUCAAGAUAGAAAUACAAAUGCGGAUGAUAUGUUAGACACUGAGAAAAAUGUAUUCGAACGAGAGCAACACAUGGAGAUAGAAAAACAUCAAGACAAUUCGAUAUUACGACUAAAAGAGGAUGGAGAUUUUAAAGAUGGUUACAACAGCCCAGAACUGGCUGAAAAAAAUGUGGAAAAAAAAAAUAAAAAGACAAUAUUUACACAAGAUAGUUUAGCGAGUGAUGAUAAAGAUUGGAUUACUAUUAAUGAUCCUGAGGUUGAUGAGUGCGCAAAAGAACUAAUGGAAUGCUUUUUAAAAUGGAAAAAUAAAAAUUUCAUAUCAAAGAAUUGGACAUAUAAUGAAUAUCCUAAGUGCAAAGAGUACUAUUUUUCUUUAGUUUUUAGUGAUUUAAAAUCGGCAAAAUCGUUAAAAGGCAUUGUUGAAAUGAUGCACAUGAAAUAUAUGCAUCUUCUAAAUAUAUAUAAGGAGAUUAACAAUCAACAAAAUUUGCUAGAGGAGGAUUAA